GUGGUAUUUACGGUUUUGGUAGAACUAAGACCAUAGCGGUAUUAUCUUAUUUAUCACUUAUUUGAUAGUAAAAUCACUAAAUAGUAAAUUGAUUAUAUUAUUAUUUAUUAUUUCACAAGAGAGUGUACUUCAAUAAAACUUUACUAUUUACUUUUAUUUAUUAUCAUUUAUUUCACAAUAUCAAAUUAAAAUAUUCUUGUAUUCAUUAUUGUAAAUACAUAUAUACUAAGUACUUAUUUUCUAUUAAAUCGAGACAUUCUAUUUACCAUCUCUAAGUAAAGAGAUGUCUACUAAAACAGUAUUUGUCACUGUCGGUACCACUAAAUUUAAUGAACUAAUUGAUACUGUCACUGAUCGUCGUACCCUCGAAGCUCUAAAACGUAAUGGUUAUACAUCAAUGAUACUUCAAAUAGGAAACGGUACAUUUGUUCUUGAAUCUUCUGAUGUUAUAGAAAUCUCAAGUUAUACAUUUAAGCCAGAUAUUGGACCUGAUAUGAUUAAUAGUGAUCUAAUAAUAAGUCAUGGAGGAGCUGGUUCCAUAAUGCAAGCAUUAGACUAUGGUAAACCUUUGUUAGUGGUAAUCAAUGAAAAGUUAAUGGACAACCAUCAAUACGAGUUGGCAGAAAAAUUAUGCGAAGAAAAAUAUUUAUAUUAUACUACUUGUGAGAAUUUAUGUAAUUGUAUUGAAAAUUUAGAUUUUAAAUUAUUAAAUUCAGUAAAAAUUGAUAAUUCAAAAAAAAUAUGUAAACAAAUUGAAUGUUUUUUAAAAAUAUAA